AUGGCGGAUGCUUUCACGGACGAGCAGAUCCAAGAGUUUUACGAAGCCUUUUGUCUCAUAGACAAAGAUUCGGAUGGUGUCAUAACGAAGGAGAAGCUGACGAUAGUGAUGAAAUCGAUGGGGAAGAAUCCGAAAGCCGAACAAUUGCAAGAGAUGAUGAGUGAUGUCGAUAUCUUUGGUAACGGAGGCAUCACUUUUGAAGAUUUCUUGUAUAUAAUGGCUCAAAACACUUCUCAGGAAUCGGCAUCCGAUGAGUUAGUAGAUGUAUUCAGAGUGUUCGACAGAGACGGAGACGGUUUCAUAUCUGCACUUGAGUUAGGAGAAGGAAUGAAGGAUAUGGGGAUGAAGAUUACGGCAGAAGAGGCGGAGCAUAUGGUGCAAAAGGCCGAUCUCGACGGAGAUGGUUUUCUCUCUUUCCACGAAUUCUCCAAAAUGAUGAUCGCUGCCUCUUAUUAG